AAAUUCGAUUGGCCGGUGGCGAGACCGGUGGACGUGGAGGAAGUCCUCAUCAUCGAGCUGUACUCUAGGAGCAGACUCUUCGCGGACAAAUUGAUCGGCAAUUACGGUGUGGUUCUUCAAGUAGUCGUGCAGAAUGGAAGGUUGUCCAUCAACGAUUGUCUCGUCGAUUCCAACAAUAAACCGAUGCCGGUCAGCAUAAAUUUCGAUCUGCUGUACGUUGCACCGGAUGAAACGAGCGCUUCUUUUGCGAGCAGCAGCCAGAUUUUUGGUAUCGACGACGAACGGCAAAUGCUCAUCGACAUCGAACAGAACAUUGCUAAUUUGGAGAAGAGUUUAUCGUCCACUAAUCAGGAAUCUACAAGAUCCAGAUCCGGAUCUUCGACGCGGAAACAGCAGGAAAAAUCGCCGGCUCCGGAGAGGAAACGUAGCUCCACGUUUAGGAACGUGAGGAAUUUAAUCAGAAUUGGGAAGCAACGGCCGCCGAAGGAUAAGGAAGAGGAUGAUGAAUCGCCUUUGGUUCCUAAUGUAUCUGGUAGAAGUUCGAGGCAUUCCGAAUGCGAAUCCGCUCCACUUUCCAGAGCCUGCAGUCAAACAUCUUUGAGCUCGAAUGCGGACAGCCAGAUUUCCGUUUCAAUCGCAGAAAAAGGAAGGAAAACCACUAGAUUAAAAUCGGAUCUGAAAUCUCGCGUGCAGAGCGUCCUCAAAGCCCAGGAUUUCCAGGUCUGUCUGACCAUCAUCGAAGCCCGACAACUUGCAGGACUCAACAUGGAUCCAGUCGUUUGCAUCCAAGUUGGGGAUCAGAAGAAGUACACCAGCGUUAAGGAAAGCACGAAUUGUCCAUAUUACAAUGAAUAUUUCGUGUUCGAUUUCCACAUGCCGCCAAUCAUGCUCUUCGAUAAAAUCAUCACCCUAUCGGUUUUGCAUUCACGAAAGCUUUUACGCUCUGGAACGACGGUCGGCGCGUUCAAGAUAGACGUGAAGACGGUCUAUGAUGCACCGGAUCAUCAGUUCUACCACAAAUGGGCUUUGCUGACGGAUCCUGAUGAUAUAGCCGGUGGACCUAAGGGUUACCUCAAAUGCGAUAUUAGCGUUAUUGGGAAAGGGGACAGCGUCAAAGUUCCCCCGAAGAGCGAAAAAGACGAAGACGAUAUUGAAGCUAAUUUGCUAUUACCGGAUGGAGUCCCUAUCGAUAGGCAAAGGGCGCGAUUCAUCGUUAAGAUCUACAGAGCUGAUGGUCUUCCCAAAAUGAACUCUUCGAUUAUGGCAAACGUCAAGAAGGCGUUUACAGGUGAAGUCAACGAUCUUGUCGAUCCAUACGUGCAAGUUUCCUUUGCUGGUUUAAUGGGUAAAACGAGCGUGAAGAAGCACAGUUACGCACCGGUGUGGAACGAGCAACUGGUAUUCACCGAGAUGUUCCCACCUCUCUGCCAAAGGAUUAAGAUACAACUGAGGGAUAACGAUCCGGUGAAGCCGACCGUGAUAGGAACACAUUUCAUAGACCUGAAGCAGAUAGCGAACGAUGGAGAAAAGGGAUUCCUGCCCACCUACGGACCGGCCUUUGUCCAUCUCUACGGUUCGACGAGAGACUACAGCUUAAUAGACGAACUCUCCUCCCUGAACUCCGGUUUAGGUGAAGGUGUCUCCUACAGAGCACGUUUACUUAUAGCCAUUCGCACCGAGAUCACCGACACCAUCGACUUUGUACCGACGGACGUUGAAUUGGAGCCGGCGGUUCCCGUCAACGAAUCAGCCUACGGGAAGAACGAAGAGUUCUUUCUGUUCUCUUCGAUUCUGGAUGCUUCGAUGAUGGAUAAACGGUUAGGGGAGAAACCGGUGUACUUUGAGAUCAGCAUUGGGAAUGCUGGGAAUGCUAUAGAUGGACACAAUCAGUCGGCUAAAGAAUCUUACAAUGAUGAUGACAGUGAUGAAUUGGAGAAUAUAACAGUUGAUAGCGGCUCUUGGCAGAGCACUACAACCCCAACGAAACCGAUGACCCAUGACCGUCUUCACUAUUUUCUCCCUUAUUGGGACAACAAACCUUGUAUGCACAUUCGCUCCGUUUGGCCGGAUUACAGGAGACGCAUGUACAACUCGAACAUCAUCUCUAAAAUAGCUGAUAAAUUGGAGGAAGGUCUGGUCGAGGUGCACUCCAUGCUGGAUUGCGAGGAUCCCGAAACCGAGCUACAUCUGAAACAGGUGUUGGAAGAGUUGACGAUCGGAUGCAACAAGUAUGUCACUAUAACGAAGGGGGCCACGACAGGACCCGGCACAGGCAAGACCAAAUUGGACAAGGAGCAUUUGAAACUUUGUCAGAGAGAAAUCGAAAACAUUGGCAAUUCAGCUCGAAAUCUGAGGGCUCUGGUGACGAAGAACUCGUCGAAGGAACGCUACAAAACGGCUCAAAGCUACUUGGGGAAAAUUAAAUUUCUGAUCGAGGAUCCCCAGCACGCACUCCCGGACGUCUUCCUGUGGAUUAUAAGCGGAGGCAAGAGACAGGCCUAUCAGAGGAUACCGGCGAGGGACAUCAUUUAUUCCAUCGUGGACGAGGAGAGCGGCAGGGAUUGCGGAAAAGUGCAGACCAUGUUCUUGAGAUUGCCGGGGAAGAAAGGCCAAGGUCCGAGCGGCUGGGCCAUCCAAGCCAAACUCGAGAUUUACCUGUGGAUGGGAAUGCUGAAACACAAGAAGUAUUUCGUUAAUGGAAUUCCGAAGGGCUACGAAAUUUCUCAGGAGAUUCGAAAUGCGGAGAGGCCUCGAGCGCUUCCGCCCUGCGUCAUCCACUACACCGAAAAACACAUAUUCCAAUUACGUGCAAACAUCUAUCAAGCUCGCUCUUUGAUCGGUUCCGACGCCUCGGGGCUUUCGGAUCCGUUUGCUCGUGUCAUCGCCGGAGAGUUCAGCAAAAUCACGCAGGUAAUAGACGAAACAUUGAGCCCCACCUGGGAUGAGCUGCUCAUCUUCGAGGAGAUCUUGGUGUACGGUUCAGGAGCGGAAAUCAUAAACGAUCCGCCAACGGUGAUUAUCGAAAUCUUCGAUCAGGAUAAAGUAGGUAAAUCGGAGUUCAUCGGCAGAGCUAUAGCGAAACCGCAAGUUAAACUCUUGGAAGAGCCGUACACGAAACCUAAGUUUCCAACGAAAUUGGAAUGGUUCGAUAUAACUAGAGGGACUGAUCACGCUGGAGAGCUUCUGGCCGCGUUCGAAUUACUCGAACUUCCUUCAGGUGAAGGAACUUUGCCUGAGCUACCGCCUGCGAAGGAACGACCUGUUUACAAAGAGACGGACGUGAAAGAGAUUGGACCCAUCCUUCCAGUCCCUCGAGGAAUCAGGCCUACAUUGUCUCGUUACAGAAUAGAGAUUCUCUUUUGGGGAUUGAGGGACCUGAAACGAAUCCAUCUGUUAACGGUGGAUAAACCAAGGGUGGAUAUAGAAUGCGCCGGGCAUAUCUUGUACUCAUCAAUCAUACAGAACGCAAGGAAGAAUCCAAAUUUCAGUACUCCUGUUAAAUUCUUGGAGCUGGAUUUACCGGAGCAAGAACUUUAUAGGCCACCAUUAACGAUCAGAGCUGUGGAUUGCAGGAGCUUCGGCAGAUACACCCUGGUAGGCACCCACAUGAUCAACUCCAUCCACAAAUACAUCUACACGCCUUUAACUAAAAAAGAAGCGGAGGAGCGAAAGAGAUCCAUGAACUUGAAGCCGCUGGACGGAGGCGAAUUGCAAACAAUACCAAACCAUUUCGGGCAGCCGGAUUUUCGCGAGAAAAGCCCACUCCUACCAAAAGACAUCACAAUCGCAGUGAAUUACGGCACUCAGGAUAUGAAGCGGCCCAGAAUGGAUCAACGGAAACGAAAAUUCAGCUUGGAGGAAGAACUGGACGACGAGGAGGGAAGCAAAGACUGGUGGACCAAAUAUUUCGAAUCAGUCGAGGAAAUGAUCACGGAAAGCAAAGAGGCGAAAAAGCAUAUUAUUCAAGAAGUGUAUUCCAGCGAUGAGGCCAAUCUGCAGGUGCAAGGAGGCAUCGUUUCGAAUAGCGUCAGUCCUAACGAACAGCCGAAGCGACGGUUUGGCUUCAAGACUACGGCGAACGCCUCUAAGUUUGUUUCGAGGAUCAGCCCGAAAAGUAUGAGACGGAGAUUGAGGAAGAAAACCGCGCUCUGCAAGAUAUUUCCAACGGAAUUGGAGCAGCGUUCCGAGUUUAACGGGUUCAAAGAGUGGCUGCAAUCGUUCGAACUAUACAGAGGCAAGAAAACUGGAGAUGAAACCGAGGAUGAUAGCAGAAUAGUAGGGCUGUUUAAGGGUGCGAUAAAGGUGUACAAAUGGCCCUUGCCCCGGGAUAUCGAGGACCACACCAUAAUGGGUUUCGAUCCCCAAUACGGAUUCUUCCAGGGUUUACCCUCGAACGAUCCGAUCCGCGUUCUCGUAAGGGUUUACGUGGUAAAAGCGAACGACCUUCAUCCGAUGGACCUGAAUGGAAAAGCAGAUCCGUACGUCGUCCUGCAAUUAGGCUCGAAACGCAUCAGCGACAAGGACAAUUACAUUUCGAAGCAAUUGAAUCCAGUCUUCGGAAAGUGUUUCGAGAUCGAGGCCACGUUCCCUCAGGACUCUCUGUUGACCGUGCAGAUUUACGAUUGGGACCUUGUCGGAUCUGAUGAUAUGGUCGGCGAAACGAAAAUCGAUUUGGAGAAUAGAUUUUACAGUAGACAUAGGGCGAUAUGCGGGUUACCUCUCAAAUAUGAAGAGAGCGGUUACAACAGUUGGAGGGACGCGACGAAGCCGACGCAAAUAUUGGCGAAGCUGUGCAAGGAUGGGAAAGUCGACGUUCCUAUUUACUCGGACGGCGAGGUGAAAAUUGGAAGACAUUCGUUCCAUUUGCAGAUGGACGAUUACGAUUUCUAUACGACGAAGGAUGUCGAGGAGCAUAUGGCUCUGAGCGUGCUGCACCGAUGGCAGGAAUUCCCUCGCAUCGGAUGCGAGCUCAUCCCUGAGCACAUAGAGACGAGACCGCUCUAUAAUCCCGAUAAACCGGGGAUCGAGCAGGGAAAGCUUGAGAUGUGGGUGGACAUGUUCCCAAUGGAUAUGCCGUUACCGGGACCUCCUCUUGAUAUCUCCCCUCGUAAACCUAAGAGCUACGAGCUGAGGAUUAUCAUCUGGAACACCGACGACGUCGUCUUGGAGGACGACGCCUUUUUCACCGGCGAAAAGAUGUCAGACAUCUACGUGAAAGGGUGGCUGAAAGGGCCUGAAGACUGCCAAUGCACCGAUAUCCAUUACAGAUCGUUAACAGGAGAAGGCAAUUUCAAUUGGCGCUUCGUCUAUCCGUUCGAUUACAUGGUUGCUGAGCAGAAGAUUGUCAUUUCUCGCAAGGAAUCUCUCUUCUCCUGGGACGAAACCGAAUGCAAGAUUCCGGCUCGACUAGAACUGCAAGUCUGGGACGCCGAUCAUUUCUCUGCAGAUGAUUUCUUGGGUGCAAUCACUCUAGACUUGAACCGUUUCCCUCGAGGCGCUAAAUCCUCCAAACUCUGCACGCUGGAAAUGCUCAAAUCAGAUGGAUCCGUUCCGAUGGUCAACAUCUUCAAGCAGAAACGCGUCAAAGGCUGGUGGCCUUUCUUUGUGAAAAAAGACAACGAAGACCUGGAGCUCACAGGAAAAGUCGAAGCCGAAAUACAUCUGCUAUCAAAAGAGGAAGCCGAGAAGAAUCCCGUCGGACUUGGCAGAAGCGAACCAGACGCAUUGGAAAAACCAAACCGACCAGACGCAUCGUUCAUGUGGUUCUUGAAUCCUCUGAAAUCUAUCCGUUACAUUAUUUGGCACAACUACAAAUGGAAGAUCCUGAAGGUCUUCAUCAUACUCGCAUUGGCAAUCAUCAUUCUGCUCUUCAUCUACGCCAUCCCCGGAUACUCCGUCAAGAAGAUGAUCGGGGCGUAAAUGCAUAUACAACAUUACUACAUCACCUCACCUCUUUAUAACUCCAAUUAUAUAAGUAUAUACAUAUAUAAAUUAAGUGUACACUGUAUAUUAUAUAAAAAAAAUAUAUAUAUAGAGUUAUUUAUUAUACAGCAUUUGACCCUCAAGUUAGAAUUAGACUCGUUAUAAUAACUUUGAAAAACUAUUAAAAUAAACGACUCUAAAUCUAAACUUUAAUCAAAUGCUGUAUACAAGGCUGGGCGACUGUCUUUAAAACUUAACAUUUCAGGUUUUUAACAACAAACAGUCAUGUUUUUUAGUUUCAGUAAUAGUUUAAAUAUUUGAUCAUUUUGGCCCUAAUAAUUUGAUAGUUUUUCUGUCCUAAAAAUUCUUAAUAUUAUGAGUAUUUGCGAUUGUAAAGUGGUACUAUAAUAGAAUUACAAAUACAUUAAAUGAAAGGCAUUCGCCCGCCCCUGCAUGUUAUCAUUUAUCAAUGAUUAUAGACAAUCGUUAUUUAAAAAUUUGAAGAAAGUUUAAAGAAAUUGUUAAGUUAAA